UGGAGCUGGUGCAAUCUAUGAUUUCAAAAUGAAGGAUAUGGUUGGACCCACUUACAAUCUUCCCCCAAUAGAUCUAUCCGAGAAGAAGUUUUCCAACAGAAACAAGGUUUACAUUGGGAAUCUGAAAUCUGGCUCUACAGACAAAUCUGUACGUGAAAUGUGCGAGAAAUAUGGAGAAAUUAACGAAUUGUUUGUGAACCCUGAGAAGAGAUUUGCCUUCGCCAAGUUUGAUUACAAGGGCUCAGCAGAGAAGUUCAAGAAUGAAGAAGAUGGUAAAGAGUACGGGGAAAGGCCACUGAAGAUUAGAUUUUCUAGUAAUGCAGCUGCUGUAAAGGUUAAAAAUCUCAAUCCGAUGGUGACAAAUGAGCUUCUAUUCAAAGCAUUUUCUGUCUUUGGAACUGUUGAGAAAGCAAUUGUUACAAUGGAUGAGAAAGGGUUAAAGAGCAAGGGUGAAGGGGUAGUUGAGUUUGCAAAUAAACACCAUGCCAUGGAGGCAAUUUCAGCCUGCAGAGAUUCACCAUUCAUCCUUACUUCAAGUCUUAUACCAGUAAUUGUUGAACCAUAUGAGGGAGUUGAAAGCAAUGAAGGACUACCUGAAAAGAAUAUUAACAAGAUGGAUGAUCAAUAUCUGUUUGAAAGAGAGACUGGGCCAAGAUUCAUUCAACCAGGGACAUUUGACUUUAAAUUUUGUGAAAAGUACAAACUCUUGCAGGAUUUAAGGAAGGAGAAGACAGAAGCGCUUGAACGUGAAAUGAUGUUGGAGGAAGAGAAGCUUUGGUCUCAGAUGGAAUUUGCAAGGUUUGAAUUUGAGACUGAAAUGAUGAAAGAAAAAGUUAAACAAAUGGAAGAGGAGAGGCAGAGAAGGAUUGAGAUGUCAAGUCAGAUGGAGAUGGAUGUUAACAGGAGACUUGAGAUGGAGAGAGAAAAUAGGAAACGUAUUGCAAACAUGUUUGAUUUUACAAUAGGGGGCAACCAGCAGAUGGGGAUGAACAUGAUGAACAGAAUGUCGGAUAGGAUUGGAGGAGGAGGGAUGGGAAUUAACGGCGGAGGACAGGGGGCAAUGAAUCCCAUGAUGGGAGGAGAAUCUGAAUUCCGUAUGAAUCCUUCUGUAUGGGAGGAGUUCCCUGGAGAAAACGGGAAACGCCCCCGCUAUCCAAACGAGGUGUUUGGGCGUGACGGUGGUUCCGCCGGAAACAGUUUCGGUCGAGGCGGUAGUAACGCCUGUGACUAGUAGAUAGUAUUGCGACAAUGUCAUUUAAAAAAAUCUGUUUCGUAAAAUAUCAAACACAAUCGGAAUCUUCUGAUGCGUGAUUUUCAAGUGUGUCAAUUAAUAUCAACAAAUAUUACAUCAUGCAGCGUUUUACGUUGCUGUAUUCUUUUUGUCUUUAGAUCUUAAUAGUUUUAUCUAUUUUAAACAACUUUUAAAAAUGUAAAUUGUUUUCAAUAAUACCAGACCAACUCAAUAGACGACAAUUUUAGGUUUUUAUAUUGGUUGUUUUUGAUGAAUUGAACGAUUCCAAACCUUACCUGUAAUUGCAUGCACAGUGCACACUAAAUAACGCAUUUGGCGAAGAGUGCUUUUGUAACAUUGUAAAUAUCUGUUUAGUUGUAAACUGUUCGGUUUGUUAAAAUAUUUUGUAGGAUCAUAUAUCUACUCUUUCACCUAAUUACCUUUUUUAUACAAUUUAAACGUCUCUUAUUCUUGUACAGAAACCAUUUUUUAACAAAAAGAAACUAAUUCUUCUCGUAUAUUAUUUGUUAUACUUUUUUGUUUAGUCUGCGUCAUAUUUGAUGUAAAUAAACUCUUGCUAAUAGUG